AUGGAUAGAAUACCACCACAAUAUGACUACUAUAACACAACUGAUGAACCAUGGCUGUCUGAUAAUAUGCCAAUAACAAAUGAAAGUUCUUCAGGAUCUGGUGAAUUGUAUUCCACAUUUACCACGCCGGUUUCUCCAAUUGAACGAUCUACAAGCUUGAAUGCGACUAAAUUAAUGGACAAAUUAAAUGAACAAUGCUCCAAAGAACGAAACAAGUGCGAGAACUAUGUCUUGCCAUCUUCGUCGAGUAUGAGUUUCACCGACGCGGAUAGUUUACACCCGUUGUCGGCUCAUUCAAGGUUCCAAUUAUCCGACAUGCCAAUAGAGCUGCAGCCGGAAAAGUCAUUGAAAAAACGUUCGUGGUUCUUUUUGGCCUGGGUCACUAGUCUGGACUUCAUCAUCGAACCUCAGAGCUUUUGUUACGUUGCUUGGUUAAGCCUAGUGACCAUGUGCUACCUGUAUAACUGUUGGGUAAUACCGUUGCGUAUAACAUUUCCUUAUCAGACUCCGGAGAACCUAUGGAAGUGGAUGUUGCUGGACUAUUGUACGGACGCAAUAAAUUUGCUGGACACAUUUGUGAUCAAACCACGAAUCAUGUACCUUAAGGACGGGUUUUGGGUGCGUGAUCUGAAACUCAUCGAAGUCAACUAUUUGGAAAAACUUCAAUCGAAAUUGGACAUAAUUUCUCUUCUGCCGGCUGACUUGAUAUGCCUAACACCAGGGUUAACUUCAGAAAUGUUACCUUUGAUGAGACUAAAUCGAAUAAUUAAGAUUCAGACGUUUUGGGAAUUCUUCGACCAUUUUGAUAGCGUUUUGUCGUCGCCAUAUGUGGUCCGAGUAACAAGGACAUUGACGUACAUGGUCUACUUAGUGCAUCUAAAUGCGUGUGCGUAUUACUAUGUUUCGGUUAAAGAAGGGCUUGCUACUAACAACUGGGUGUUCAACGGUCAGGGAAACGCGUACAUACGCUGUUUUUUUUUCGCCACCAAAACAGCAACUUCCAUCGGGAAAAACCCACAUCCGGAAAACGAAGCUGAAUACUUGUUCAUGACUGCUAGCUGGCUGAUGGGUGUUUUCGUGUUUGCGAUUUUAAUCGGACAGAUACGUGACAUUAUAGCGACGGCCACUAGAUCUCAAACCGAGUACAGGAAACUUCAAGAUGAGACGUUAGAAUAUUUGAGGAAAUUAAACAUACCUCCACGAAUACGACAACGGGUGGAACAAUGGUUUUCGUUCACUUGGGAACAGCAAAGAACUUUAGAUGAAAAUCGUAUUUUGGACUCUCUGCCACAUAAAAUGAAAACCGACGUAGCCAUCAACGUGCACAUGAAGACGUUGAACAAGGUGCAGUUGUUCAAAGACUGUGACAAAGCAUUAUUGCGAGAGUUGGUGUUAAAAUUACGACCGAUAUUGUAUUUGCCAGGGGAUUAUAUAUGCCGCAAGGGCGAGGUCGGCAAAGAGAUGUACAUUGUGAAAACCGGGCAAGUGCAAGUAGUCGGAGGCGAAAACGACGAUGAAGUAUUAGCCACGCUCACGGAAGGAUCGGUGUUCGGUGAAAUCAGCUUGUUGAGUCUGUGUGGUACUAACCGGAGAACGGCAGAUGUCAGGUCUCAUGGGUUUUCCAAUAUUUUUGUUCUAAGCAAAGAAGAUCUUAACGAAGCCAUCAAGUUUUACCCGAACGCCCAAGAAAUACUUAAACGCAAAGCGAGGGAGCUGAUUCAACAAAAUGCAGCAAGAGAACACAGGCAAAUACCCAAUGAACUACUAGACGACCAAUACGGAAACAGCACGGAAAACUUAAUGCGAGUUUUAUAA